AUGGAGGCCCAGCGGUAUCCCCUAAGUGUCCGUCUGGUUGGAGUCAUGCACAAGGAGAAGCGCAAAAUGUACAUUGUCUCCGUGCUGUGGUCGGACCAGAAUGACAUAGUGGUUUACAGAAGUUUGGGGGACUUCCAGAAAAUGCAUAAAAAACUGAAGAAAGCGUUCCCUCCUUCAAAUAAACUAAAGAAAUCUGACAGAAUAAUCCCCAUAUUUCGAGACAAAAGGCAAAGCGCGGCGCUCAGAAAAAGGGGCCCCACCAAGUCUCUAGAGCGCCUCAAGAGUUUGCAGAGAUACUGUAAUGAACUGCUGAGCUGUGACACCAGGGUCACCCAGUCUGCAGACCUCAUCCAGUUCUUCCACCCAAAGGACCAGGACCUCCAACCAGAGUUUUCCCAAAACAGCAUCAUGAUCAUGCCAUCUGAUGAUGAGCUUAAGAGCAACACAGGACACGGCAACGGUGGCAAUGUGACCCAGCCGUUUGUCACUGAGACAUACCGGUGUGUGGCCCCCUAUGAGACCAAAUGCACCAAGAAUAAACCUUUCAAAGUGGCGCUGGAUGAAAAACUAGACGUACUCAUCAAAGACAAAGCAGGGUGGUGGCUCGUGGAGAAUGAAGAAAAACGCAUGGCCUGGUUCCCUGCACCUUAUCUGGACAAACUAGAAGAUGAGGAGGAGGAGGGGGAAGAGGAUGAAAUAGAUGGAAUUCCUGAAAGAGGAACAAUGUAUACUGCAAUAAAGAACUACAAAGCUACCAAGGGGGAUGAGAUGACUGUAAACAUGGGUGCGGUGGUGGAAGUCCUGCAGAAGUCUGACAACGGCUGGUGGCUCAUCAGAUACAAUGGUAAAGCAGGUUAUGUUCCAUCCAUGUUCCUGAAGCCCUACAACUACCCUCAUAUCCGUAUGACACCCCACCUUCAAGAGCGUCCCAGCUCCUCGCUCCAGAUUCCCUCUCAGAGCCUGACACAGACCCACCAGCUCAGCCGUUCCCAAGGCAACCUGCUGGUCAUUCCUACCCCCAGCCCCUCCACACCUCGUCAGCUGCAGCCAGACAGCAAACACAAGUCAAGAUCUCUGAACAUCCUGUCCGACCGACCUCCUUCACCACGCGUCAUUACCCCUGUUACCAACACUGACACCACCACGACCACUGCUGCUGCAAACUACGCCCCUCCACCCAUGAUCACAGUGGAGAUGGAUGGAGAGGAGGAGCAGCACGAGAGGAGCCUGAACUCAUACAGACAGUCGAGCUUUGACAGUGACAGCACCGACUUCAGCUUCAGCGAUGACCUGAGUACCUCCUCGGGGAGCUCGUCCCUCAACCUGAACGUCACAGAUGAUCGGAUGCGCCUCAGUCGCACACCUCCACCACCAAGAAGCAAUCACCUCAGCCCGACAAACGGCCCAGAUGGAAGGCUGAUGCCAAGUGUUUCUGAUCCUAACCUCUACAAAACUCCUGGAACACCAAAAGUGCCACCCAGACCACAAGCUCAGGAGAUCCUCACCCGCUGCUCCACUAUCACCCGCAAGAAUUUAGCCAAAGGAAGUCGGUCACCGACAGAAGCAGAGAUCCUGAGCCGCUGAGACGUCUUUUAAAUGACCUCAGCCACUGGAGCCCAUCUGUUCUUUGGAUUUAGGCUGAAAAGACAACGAUGACAUGCGAGUUACUGUUACUGAAUGCUUGAGAUAUGUGUGGAACAUGAUAAUGAUCCUGUCCGAUGAUGAGAUGAAAUUUAUCCUCCAUGGAAAAUUCAUGUCUUUUAUCUCAAAAUAGAAAAU